AUGAGCAUUCCAACAAAAUCUACUUCACUUGUAAAUAGGUACAUUCAUCGCACGGCAACUAUAGAUAAGCCAUGUUUCAUAUGUAAUAAAUAUACAACAGCAGUUUUAAGAGAAGAGAAUGGUGCUGAUUGGUUCUAUGUGUGUCUAAGUCACUUAAACGAUCGAGGCUUUGCAUCACCAAUUCCUGAACCAGUUCCACCUGUGCAAAUUGCAAACAAAACUUCUAAAACGACUGAUAAAGAAGAAAAAGAUAAAAAAGAUAAAGAAGAUAAUAAGGAUAAAGAUAAUAAAGAUAUUAAUAACAAAGAUAAUGAUAACACAGAUGAGAAGAAAAAGGAUGAUGAUAAAGAAAAAUCAAAAGAUGUCAAAAAGAAGCUCAACGUACCUUAA